AUGCGACGUAGUCUGUCGAGCGAGGCCCCGUCCAUGACGCAGGCCAGGAGUCCGGCCUCAAUCUCCAGCGAUGGUUCUCCCCAGCACAAAACGACGGAGCCGAGACCAAGCCCAGCACCGACUACGGCGAGUUCCUCGUCUGGCCAGACUGGUCAGGUUUGCAGCAACUGCGGUACGACUCGGACACCGCUGUGGAGGAGAUCACCCCAAGGAACGACGAUAUGCAACGCCUGCGGCUUGUACCAGAAGGCAAGAAACGCCUCGCGGCCGACUAACUUGAAGAAACCGCCUCACCUCGUUGCUGCAACCCCGAGAACCGCUCCGCCAAAGAUCGCCCCUGCGCCAGGCCCCGGCCCGAAAUAUCUCAGCGCCCCAGCUCCAACCUACGUUACCGAAGAACAGGCCCCUUCAGGGACUUGCCCAGGCGGUGGAAAGUGCAAUGGUACUGGUGGUGCGGAAGGUUGCAGCGGCUGUCCCGCCUACAACAAUCGCGUGUCAAAGUCCGCUCAUCUGAAUGUUGUCCAAGGGGGAGGAUGCGGCGGCGGCGGUGGUGGUGGUGCCAGUUCCUCAAGUCAGCCGCCAACUGAACCGAUGGCCAUUGAUGAUCCCGCGGCGCCUGUUGACAUCGCAGCUCUGCAAAUUCAGGGGCAGAACCCAAAUACGACCGUCGUUAUUGCUUGCCAAAAUUGCGGCACGACCAUUACUCCCUUGUGGCGACGCGACGAAAGUGGGCAUACGAUUUGCAAUGCCUGCGGUCUCUACUACAAACUUCAUGGAGUCCACAGGCCCGUCACCAUGAAAAAGUCGAUCAUCAAGCGACGGAAACGAGUCAUUCCUUCUUCAUUUGGCGGCGAGUGGACAGAAGAAAUGCUCGAAGGAUCAGAGACGCAAAGUCAGGCGCCUGAGGGUAGCCCGGAAAGGGGCACAAUGAAUGAGGACGGGUCUAUCAACUUGGGCUUUCGGCGUCGUCAGGAAGAACCCGUGACCAUGCUCCCAGAUCCCAAUAUGCGUCCUAAUCGUCAGGGAUCUCCUCUGCCUAUGAGCGACUUGGCAGCCUAUCAGUCAUCGAUGCCUCGAACCUCGCAUCCCUACCAGGGAUCUCUCAACGACGACGUCCGUCUCGCUCCGAUCACGUCGCUUGUCGCCACAGGAGAACGACAAUCAUCGCUUUCUCCCGCAUCGUUUCUCUCUCCGUCACGCAAGCGUUCGUUGUCUGCUGAGGGCAACCCUGCCGGCGAUGGUGGUCCUGACACCUCCAAACGGUUGUCCUCCAUCAAGUCAAUUCUGAACCCGACAAGCGGUGACGAAAGCCCGCCUUACCACUCUGGAGGCGAGGAUGCAGCGGAGCACUACGCACGGGCUGCCAUGUCUCCUGCCGCAUCCGCGCCGAGUCCGGGUUCCUACUCCACGACCCGGUUGACACCUUUGCCUUCGCCAGGCCCUAGCAGCCAGAUGAGCAACCAUGGAUACAUGCAGGAAAGCGAGAGGGUCAAGUCCGAGAAGAGAGCGGCGCUGCGUCUGGAAGCUGAGCGCAUGAGAGAGAUGCUCGCCGCGAAGGAGCGCGAGCUUGCCGAACUAAACGACUGA